GUCGUCGUGAUCUCCGCCUUGUCGAACUGCUCGGCGACUCGAUCCAUCUUCCGCACUCCAAAUUCCUCUUUCGACGGAGAAAUCUCACAGAAGCCAAGUGAUCUUGUGCCAGAAUCUCACAGUUCGAGUAUAUUCGUGGUAGUAGAAGAUGGAUAACUCUCAAAGGAGAUCGGGAUUUGUCCCGGUGUCGCCUUCACAAACUCCGAGGUCCACGGAGAAGCACGGGAGAGAUUUCCGGUCGUUGGAUGGGAAUGGUAACUCGAGCAGCAAGUUCGAUAGGGAGAGGGGGGUCAACGUCCAAGUGAUCCUAAGAUGCAGGCCAUUAAGUGACGACGAGAAGAGAGGGAGCCCCCAGGCGGUCAUUUCUUGCAAUGAACAUCGUAGAGAAGUUUUAGCUGCUCAGAAUGUUGCUAACAAGCUGAUCGACAGAACCUUUACCUUCGACAAGGUUUUCGGCCCAACCUCGAAGCAAAAGGAUUUGUUUGUCCAAGCUGUAGCUCCUGUAGUAAAUGAGGUUCUAGAGGGCUACAAUUGCACCAUAUUUGCAUAUGGGCAGACAGGCACAGGAAAGACUUAUACAAUGGAAGGUGAGGGAAGAAAAGUCAAGAAUGGAGAGUUUCCAAGUGAUGCUGGAGUUAUCCCAAGGGCUGUGAAACAAAUUUUUGGAAUACUGGAGGCACAAUGUGCUGAAUAUAGCAUGAAGGUCUCAUUUCUUGAGCUGUACAAUGAGGAGAUAACUGAUCUUUUGGCCCCAGACGAAUCAAAAUUCUCUGACGACAAGAAUAAGAAGCCUAUCGCUCUCAUGGAGGAUGGGAAGGGUGGUGUUUUUGUGAGAGGAUUGGAGGAGGAGGUAGUCUAUACUGCUGAUGAAAUUUACAGAAUCUUGGACAAGGGGUCUGCAAAAAGGCGUACUGCAGAGACUCUACUCAACAAACAAAGUAGCAGAUCCCAUUCCAUUUUUUCCAUUACAAUUCACAUCAAGGAGAUUACUCCUGAUGGAGAAGAACUGAUUAAAUCUGGCAAACUUAAUCUUGUUGAUCUUGCUGGUUCAGAAAAUAUAUCACGAUCUGGUGCUAGAGAUGGAAGAGCAAGAGAAGCUGGGGAAAUUAAUAAAAGUUUGCUCACUCUUGGCCGUGUGAUUAAUACUCUUGUUGAGCAUUCUGGCCAUAUUCCAUAUCGAGACAGCAAAUUGACAAGGCUGCUUAGAGACUCCUUGGGAGGAAAGACUAAGACUUGUGUUAUUGCCACUAUAUCACCAUCCAUCCUCAGUUUGGAAGAGACACUGAGCACCUUGGAUUAUGCACACCGUGCAAAGAAUAUCAAGAACAAGCCUGAGGUUAACCAAAAGAUGAUGAAAUCUGCUAUGAUCAAGGAUUUAUAUGCAGAUAUUGACCGCCUUAAACAGGAGUUAUUUGCUGCAAGAGAGAAGAAUGGCAUCUACAUCCCACGUGAUAUGUACUUGAUUGAAGAAGCUGAGAAGAAGGCCAUGACUGAGAAAAUAGAAAAAUUGGAAGUUGAUCUGGACUCAAAGGAUAAGCAAUUAGGUGGGCUUCAAGAACUUUACAAUUCACAAAAGAUACUUAGUGAAGAUUUUAGUGACAAACUAGAACAAACUCAGGAAAAACUGGUGAACACUGAGCAACUUUAUUUGGGCUUGGAAGAAAGAUGUAGGCAAGCAAACUCUAUAAUAAAAGAGAAGGAAUUUUUUAUAUCCAAUCUUCUCAAGUCAGAGGAGGCGCUUGUCAAUCGUGCGUAUGAUCUGAGAUCCGAGCUACAAAAUGCAGCUGCUGAUGUUUCAGGCUUGUUCUCAAAAAUAGAGAGAAAAGAUAAAAUAGAGGAAGGGAACAGAAUACUUGUCCAAAACUUCCGGUACAUGUUAACCCAACAACUAGACACCUUGCAUACAACUGUCUCAGCUUCAGUGAUGGAACAGGAGAAUCAACUGAAAGAAAUGGAAGAAAACAUGCAAUCCUUUGUGUCUACAAAAGCAAAGGCCACAAAUGAUCUUAGAUUGCAUGUUGACAGCCUCAAAAAUAUGUAUCAUUCAGGGUUCAGAGUGUUGAAUGAUUUAGCUGGCGAACUUGGCAAUAAUUCGGGAGACACACUUAGUAUACUGAAUUACCAAGUGUUUCUGUAUUCUUCAGCUCUUGAAGAUUGCUUCAGAAGAAUAGCUUUGGAGGCUGAUCAACUUCUAAAUCAACUUCAGCUAUCUUUGUUGAACCAAGAGGACAAGUUAGCUACCUUUGCUCAGCGGCAACGUGAGGGUCAUGAUAGAGCAAUUGAGUCGACAAGGUCAAUUUCAAAGAUAACAUCAGAUUUUUUUGAAUCCCUUGAUAUUCAUGCAUCUAAACUAACCAUGUUCGUGGAAGAGUCACAAAUUAUACAAAAUCAGCAACUGCAUGAUCUUGAGAAGAACUUUGAGGAAUGUGCUGCUAGAGAAGAGGAACAAUUAUUGGAAAAGGUGGCAGAGAUGUUAGCCGCUUCAAGUUCUAGGAAGAAGAUGUUGGUUCAAACAGCUGUUAACAAUCUCCGAUCCACUGCCGUUGAGAGAACAAGCAGUCUACAAAACGAAAUGUCGACAACUCAUCAGUUCACCUGUUCUGUUAAAGAACAGUGGAGAACAUACAUGGAAGAAACUGAGAACAACUACCUCGAGGAUAUUGCAUCAGUAGGAAGUGGCAGAAAUGGCCUUGAAGAAGGUUUCAAAAUUUGCAAGGAAAAUACUAAAAUGGCUGCACAGCAGUGGAGAGAUGCUCAAAAUUCUCUGAUGAAACUUGGUACAGGACAUGUAUCAUCAAUGGAUUCAAUUAUCAGGAAUGGAUUGGAUGCUAACCACCUUCAGUGUGCUAAGCUGUCGUCUGUUGUCUCAUCGACACUCGAAGAUGUUGAUGCCUCAAACCAGGAUCUUCUAUCCUCCAUUGAUUGUUCAUUCAAACUCGACCAAGUAGCAUGUGCCAACUUUGAUUCGAUGCUCGUCCCGUGCCGCAGAGAGCUGAGAGAAUUGAAGAGUGGUCACUACCACAAGAUCGUCGAGAUAACAGACGACGCAAGGAAAUGUCUCGAAGAAGAAUAUAUGAUGGACGCACCAUCUUGUUCCACCCCGAAGUGUCGGCCGAUCAAUCUGCCGAGUGCUGCGUCGAUCGAGGAUCUACGUACCCCGGCUUUUGAAGAGCUAUUGAACUCAACACCCACUUCUAGGCAAGCAAAUGGCGAUGCGAAAAACUACGCCGGGUCAUGUGAGUCUCAAUUGUUGAGAGACUCUAGGAUUCCUCUAAUCGCUAUCAACUAAGGCCAAUUGAUUUAGAGUUCGUUGAGCAGGAAUGUGGUUCGUAGAUUAUAUAUUACAUAGAAGUUUAAUUCAA